CUUAUCUAUACAGCUAAAGAGAUUUGUCAAAGUAACAGCAAUUAGGUUAACCUAGAUGAGAAUGACAAUUAAGAAGAUCAUGGAUAUACAAGAAGGGACUUUAUUUCUAGACAUGCUUCAGAAAAUAAUGAAUGGGAUCAACUCAAUAAAACAAGAACUGAGAAAUAAUAGACAAGCGUGGAGAACUGAAUUUCAUGAAAUGAGACAGGAGCUGAAAGAAACUCAGGAUUCUAUGAGAAAGGAGAAUAAAGAUAGAUCUGGAAAACAAAAAAAGGAUGAAAGAGAAAUUAAAGGCAAGGUUCAAUCUAUGGAGAUUGGCUUAAAUAUGGACAUGAAAAAAGAUUUGGAUUUCCUGGUUGUGACGGAUCCUGGAGAUAAAUAUUACAGUUUGGAAUACAGCGCUGUCUCUGAAGGAAUUGAAGAGACUGGAGAUAAAGAUAUUAUCGGUUCAAAAAAAUUCCUGGACUGGAAGGAUUUGAUGGAACUCGAAAUGGAGAAAGUUAACAGAAUUAAUCCCUGGUUUGUGACAAUGGAAAAACCUUCAAGAGAUGUAGUAGUGUAUCAUGUGGAAAAGAGGAGCAGAGAUGCGGCUUUGAAACAAUACUUCAGUGUUACGUUUGGAUUUGAUGGUGAGAAAAUAUCUAUGAUGGAGGAAAUUCCUAUUAGACUUUUAUUAUAUGACUAUGACAGCAAGAUUUUUGGGUGCGUAGAGAUGGAAGAUGGAAGACGGACCCAAUAUGGAUAAUGACAGAAGAGCGAUUUGAAAUUACUGGACUCAGUAGAUUUGAUGAGUUGAAUUAAUUGACAUGUUUAUUUAGAAAAAAAAAUUGAUUGACAUAUAUCUCAAGGAUUGGAAACUUCUCUUUGACUUUUUGUGGAAGAUUAAAAUGAUAUGAUGUUAAUGAGAUUUGAAACCAACUAAGAUAACUGUUGGAGGAAGGUGAUUUUAUAAUCUAUUAAGAGAUAGGUCUGUUAUACAUUAUAGAUUUAUAGUUGAAUUAUAGUGUUUUGAAAUUACUGGAUUUAGUAGAUUUGAUGAGUUGGAUUAAUUGGCAUGUUUAUUUAGAAAAAAAAUUGAUUGACAUAUAUCUCAAGGAUUGGAAACUUCUCUUUGACUUUUUGUGGAAU